CCGCCCCUUUCCGCCUCGUGCGCAGCGCCCGGCGUUUCGCAGCGCGGGGCCCGGCGGGGCCGCACCGGGAGGGGCCGGGCGGGAUCGGACGGGGCGGUAGCGGGUGGCGGCACCGCGGGGCGGGACCGGACCGGGCAGAGCAGAGUUACCGGCACCGCGGGAGGCCCGAGUCAGGCGCGGAGCCCGCCGACCGCCGCCAUGUCGGCCGCCUUCAGGAAAGCCGCCAAGUCAGGGCAGCGUCCGCACCGCGAGCGGGCACAGCCCGCCGCACGGAAGAAGCUGGGCCUGCUGGAGAAGAAGAAGGAUUACCGGCUCCGCGCCCAUGACUAUCACAAGAAACAAAAUGCCCUCAGAGCACUUCAAAAGAAAGCUCUGGACAAGAAUCCUGAUGAGUUCUACUUUAAAAUGAUACACGCUGAACUCAAGGAUGGAGUUCAUAUCAUAAAGCAGCAGAAGGAAGAAGUGACUCCUGAACAGGUGAAGCUGAUGAGGACACAGGAUAUCAAGUAUGUGGAAAUGAAAAGGGUGGCAGAAGCCAAGAAAAUCGAGCGGCUGAAGUCGGAGCUCCAUCUCCUGGAUGCGGAGGGGAAGAGCCCCAAUAAGCACGUGUUUUUUUUUGAUACAAAAAAAGAAGUUCAGGAGUUUGAUAUCGCAACUCACCUGGAUACUGUUCCAGAGCUCGUUGGCAGAGUGUACAACCGACCAACCAUCGCAACGCUGCAGAGAGAGACACUGAGAGGAGCUACAGACCCUGCCCACUUAAAGAAAUUAGCUCAGCAAAGGAAGAAUCAGUAUGACCUGCUGAAACAGCGCAUUGAAAGAGAAAAGGCCAUGUUUGUUGUUGCACAGAAAAUUCAGACACGUAAAGAUCUUUUGGACAAAAUUCAUAAAGUAAAGGUGAAGAAGGAGACAACAAGUGGUCCAGCUAUUUACAAAUUUAAAUUUCAGCGGAAACGUUAACCAUUCCUUUAAAUAAUUGUUACCAUCUUUGCUUAGAAAGAAAGAGGAUUCUCCUUAUGAAGAAGGACUGAUACCCUGUAUCAGUUUGUUUUUUCACUGCAUCCUAGCACUUUGUUAAAAUAAAUUACUGUGGGCCUGUGAUAGCCAUAAAUAGAUUUUAUGUAAUUAAUUGAUUAAUAAAGCAGAGGGUUUGUUCUCUUGGUAUUUACAA